GCGGGUGUGGUAAUACUUGUUGAUCGAUGUCUUUGGUGUACUUCCACCAACAACAAGGUAACUUCCACACAAACAGGCGUGAGCUGAACAUUGUGAAUGAUCACUACAGCCACUACGGCAAUUCUGUGCUUGUGCAAUCAAAAUCGGUCCUUUCCAGUCAGAGAACCCGAACUAGCAGCUCCAUCAUCUCAAAUGCAGCUGUUUCACCAAACACCUCACGUAACAGUUCAAGGCAUGCGGUGAAAGAGUUCCAACCUUCAGAUCACGAUACUGUGACUGAUCUAACAACUGAAACCUUCAAGAGACAGAAGUUGGGGUAUAGGUCGUUAUUGCUAACGCAAGCUGAUUCCAAGGUGAAGAGGUUUCUGAAUAGGCUGGAUACUGAUACAUUCAGCUUGUUCUCAUCUAAGUCACAUUCAGUGCAACAACCAACCACCAUAGGCUCAUUGCCAGUGGAGAUACUAUCUAUGGUUAUUUCCCUUGUGGGUGAUUACAAGACGACAAUUUCAUGUCUCUAUGUGAGCAAGCAGUUUAACAAGGCCGCAACCCCGGUGGUUUACUCUUCCCCUGUGUUGAACUCCACGUACAGAGUGGCACAGCUGGUCUCUUCCUUGAAAGAAACCGGUAACGGCCAGUGGGUUAAAUCGUUAGACCUCUCACAUUUGGAACCAGGAUUGAUCCCUGACGAGGACUACAAAGAUGAUGACAACAAUUCAAUCUCAUCUGACCACAUUGAAUACGCCUUGGCCAGUUGGAGGGAUUGGAAGUACAAGGAUGACCCCUUGUACGGCUCUAACCUUUUGAACUCGUACACUCUGAGUAAGAGCAAGUCUGCUAUCAGCUGUGAUUCAAAUUUCUCCACGGCGUCAUCAUUCACCAGCAAGAUAAUGACAAGGCUUAAGAGCUCGGAUCGUGAACUCACGAGAAUGGGCCAAAGGGUAAAGAAAAUGUUCAAGUGGAAGGCCAAGAUCAAAAGAAAUCGGUCUUUGAUUUCAAAAAAGGACCACGGUACCGGUCAGCAGACUUUGUAUGGAGAUGGGGCUGAUGAUUCGAACAUUGGUAUCACCUGUUCAGUGAAGUUUCAGGUAAAAGAUAUGAAAAAUCAGCCUUUCAGCGCAGGACACCCUUUCACCAAUAAAUUUCUGCUGAAGUAUGCAAACUCCAAGGAUUUGCCAAUUGGAUACAUCUUGCUAUUCAUAGACCUAUGUCCAAAUUUGCAAAGCUUGAAUCUUUCAAACUUGUCUCUAUCUGAUGAUUUCCAAAUCGUUUAUCGCAAGCCGAAUGUUAACUCAUUGAUUGAAUCUGUCAUUCCAGCUAUCAACACACAGUCUAACGAUUGCGGUUUACAGAUAGAUCAUUACUUCUCCGAUAGAAAUAUCCACUUCAACGACAAGCACUCACAUACAGAGUUCCACAAAUUACACGACACUGAUAUCCUUGUCAAGCUAUCACAAUUGGAAUCCUUGCGUGAGCUAUCAAUGUGCAACUUACCCUGGUUGAACUACAGAGUCAUCAGAGGAAGCUUCAUUCAACGUUCAGCGAGUAUGUUGAAUGGUACGUUGAAAUGCGUUGAUUUUACAAACUCUGGAAUGGUUCGUGAUUUGAGAUGGGCAAAGGAAUUUACAUGUGAUGAGCUAGAUCGUUACUUCCAGCCUGAAACUGAGCCCAUUAUCGAAGAGGAGAACGAGCAUGAUGUCUUGGUUCGUGGAAUCGGUAUGAAUUACUGAUGUUUCUUUUCAUUACAGCCACCUGAAUUGGUUUCCCUUCCCUCAUUAUGUCUUAUGGAGUUAUUUCGUGACAUUUCUUUCAAAGAGUAAGGCUGUUUGGCUAUAUGUGUGUGUCUGUUUCGCCAUUUGCCAUAUUCCUUUACAGUCAUCCUUCAUUUCUUUUGCUUUAUUGGUGUUUCUCUGCUUUACUUCUCUCAUUUUGUCUUUGAUAUUCGUGUCUUAUUACUUUGACUCUGGCGUACUCUACUACCUGACUUACACUACUUGCUUGGUUUUAUAUCUUUUCGUUUUGCUUUGAAGGAGUAUCAUAUGUGUUCUAUGCGGUAAUUGGUUGUUUUCUAUGUUUAUCUUGUGUGCCAUGUUUACUUUAUAUUGGAAACCAUAUAACCAUAUACAU